AUGCUCUCUACCAGCUCUACAAGGGCUCACUGCCACAACCACGGAUUCCUCCACCGCGAUCUCAAGCCCCAAAAUAUGCUCCCCGACAAGUACAAAGGACCCAUCCGUACCCGAAACCAUGAACUACGUCAACGUCUCGAAGAAGAUUCAAUUCAUCCUCCAGAAAGCGGCAUAGAAGGCCAACGAGAUCUUUGUCUCCGUCGAGGAG